GUCAUGGCAUGCAAAAGCAGCAAUUUUAUCCCACCCCACCGACAUCAGUUAAGCCCGAUUUUUGGGAUCGACCUCCAAUCCUGUCAGUCUCACAAAAGACUGCAGAAGCACAGCAAAAGAUAAUUGACGUGGUCAGUGGAGAUUCAGAGUACACUCGACAGUAUUCAGCAAAUGGAUCAAGGAAUCCUAAUCAGUCUGUCUUGGGCACACAUCCAGUCCAUGAAUGCCAGAAGAAGGUAAGUUACAUAGUAUAAAACAACAAUAAUGAACGUCUUUGAUACGUACUGAUACGUGAUCGUUAAUUUGAGCUGAUACUCAUUCUUUACCAUGUGUACAUUUAUCAUUUAUAGACCUGAAGCCGGAGUCAGAGUCCCCCGAGCGGAGGAUCUAUAAAUUAUAAAUUAUAAAUUAUAAAUUGCCGAUUAUAGAUAUAAUUAUAGCCUAUAUGAUAAAUGCCUCCAAGUUGAAAAUAUAGAACUUGACUAUACGAUGUUAUUGUUUUAUCUUUUUAUUAACGCAAGUAUUUGCAACUUUUCUUUCACAUCGCAUAUCGUUUGGAAUAUUGAUGAUAACAUUUUUCAAACUUUUUUCAAAAUUUUCGAAAAAAAGUAGUUUAAUUAAAAACUGAAUUAUUCAUCAAGGCUUGUAUAUUUUGCCAGCUAUCUUGUUUACCUGAUCACCGCGCGUGUUUUACGCGAAUUAUGUCACCGACCCGGGUGACAUGAUCAAAUCGUCAUGCAACGUAACACUUUGUUUCUCCAGUAAAAGAUUAAACAGUUACAUGUACAAUUCAUCAAAGCUGUUGUUUCUGUCCAGAAUGCUGCGAGGUUUACAUUAUCCAAAGUAUAUGUUGUUUCUGGCGAAUUUCUUCGUAGUACAAUGUAGACGAAUGCUGGAGUGGAUAACACCAUAACACAAGCGACCAUGUGAUAUAAUUCAAGUCACCCGACGUAAGGCGCGAUUCGAUGAUAAAUUCCAUGCUCACGUGACAUAAACUUAGCUUUCUGGUUGGACACUUUAAAUUUGAGGUAUAAUAUGUAAGCAAAAAGGAUGGUUUCAAGUGCAACUGCAUGAUAUAAAGACGAUUGCGAUUUUGAAAAUCGCAAUCGUCUACCGCGAUUUUGAAAAUCGCAAACCUACGAUUAAUUAAAAUUGUAAUUUGCAGUUACCAGCGACCAGCGGCCAAAUGCUUCUUGCCGUGCCCUAUACCACAACGUUUGCAGUCACAUUUGUCUUAAUUUCUUCGUAUUUUAAAACUUUGCUUUAAAAAUAUGAACUGAGAAAUUAAGACAAGAUGUGAUUGCUUUCUUCACGCGGGUGAAAAUAGCCGAGAGUCAAGUAUAGUACCCACGCUACGUGCGUUGUUCGGGAAUAUAUAUAUAUUCCUCACUAAGUUGGUUUGAUUUGGUUUAUUUAGAUGUCCCUUGAGGCAAAAAAAUCAUUAGACGGAAAGGAAGCGCAACCGUACGAUACAACGUAUGUCAAGGAUUAUUCCGCAGACGUAAAUACCAAUACCCCCACUUCCAUUUUGCGCACAGCAUCAACAAAGAAGAUAAACGAAGCAAAACGUAACAGAAGUGUUAAAUUCAGUGAAAGUGUAACAAUUUCAAACGGUUACAAGACAUCUUCCAGUUUCGUGAACGACAUGGGGAAAGAUAACAACCAUCAACAUGCUUUCCAAAGUUUAAACAAACCUUGGACAACCAUUGCAGCCGAAACAGAAAGGCCAUUGACUGCACCUAGUAUUCAACGACAAUCCAUACUUACGACCACACCACUUUUAUUCCCUGCCGCUCCCCUAACCCAGCUUUACACAAAUACGUUGCAGUACCGACCAAGUAGUACGGGAAAAUUCGGGACACUCAGAAAUGAUUUACGUCAUCUUCGGGGAAAUUAUAGCAAGUCAGCAACGCACAGAAAAUUCCACAGUGAGUUUCCAGAAAAUGCUCCAGACAUUCGUAGAGCGCCAGACAUGCGAAUCACAACCAAUGAACGACGUCACGUGAUUCCGGAAAUUGGUUGCCAUAGCUACUACUUUCAUGGAUGAAGUGUUUUCAAGGAGUACUUGAGGUGGUGCAUGUUGAUAUCUUGUUCUUCAAACUGAUUCAGCCAGAACUGUAGAGUGCUUACCAUUGUUGUUUUGCUACAAACAUUUAACGCAAAACGUGGUUUCUAAUACUGUUCAAGAUAGUUACUUAAUAACAACUAUUCGCCUCAUUGUUGGCAAAUAGUGCAAGGACAUAUUGACCGAGACACGAAGAGUCGAGGUGAUUAUUCUUGCAAUGUUUACAGAGACUGAUGUGAAUAAUCAUUUUAGUAUAUACUGCAAACAAAAAUAAUAAAUAAAUCACAUAUCCGCAUCCCCUCAUGGCUUUACAGUUGAUUUCACGAAACUUUGGCCGUGCCAGUUGCGAGGUUGGUUGGGAAUUUGGGAACUAUAAACAUAAGAUCACCAAGUUGAUUGGAAACCGGCCAAUCAAAUUCGGAAGUUUCGCAUCAAAUUAUCGGCGAAAUUCGUUAUGAAAUUCCGAACCAAGUUCGCAAGCAAGUUCGCAAAUUGCAAACGAUUUUGGCGGU